CUAAGUUAGAUUCUGGCCUCUUCUGCCCAGAAGGCAGGUACCAGGUGGAGGCACACAGGGUGCACUGGUGAAACAGCUGAGUGGCCAAGGCCCCUGGGCAAGGCAGAGGCAGCAAAGGUGGUGGCCUAAAGUAACCUGGAGUGGCCUGGCAUCCAGUGGAGUCUCAGGGAUGGCCAAGAAAACGGAGAGUGAUGACCCCAGGGUGCUGGGCCCCAUGAUCUUCUUGCUGCUGGUGAUGCUUCCUCCCCUGGUGAGCGCAGGGAGCUUCUGGCCCAGAGUUCUGAGCUGGAUAAAUUUAAAUCGCCACUUUGGCCAAGAAUGGAAAGGCUUCAGCCAGAGAGCCAGAUAUCACAGAAGCGAGCAAGACCAAGACCGGUUCAGAUUCUGCGAUGGCAAGUUCGACCUCUACUUUCUAGUGGACACAUCAGACAACAUGAGAGACAGCUGGGAGGAAAUCUACAAACCUGUGGAGGAAAUGGUGAAGAAGUACACAAACCCCCAACUGAGGAUGUCCUUCAUCACUUCAGAUGGCCAAGUCAUCAUGAAGCCCACCUCAGACAGAAAAGCAAUACAGGAUGGUCUUAGCCGUCUUCGAAAUAUAGUGCCUUCAGGAGCACUAAACAUGGAGCUCGGAUUUAAAAAGGCAAAUGAGCUGAUUCAACCAGUGUACAAGAAAGACAACAAAGCUGCCAGCCUCGUUAUCAGCAUGAUAGGGGGAACGAUGCCGGAAGAGACACUCUUCGGAACUAGGAGAGAAGCUAACAAGGCUCGGAAUAUGAAGGCCAAGGUUUACAGCGUGGGUUUACAAGACUAUAGCCGAAGGCAGCUGAUGCAUAUUGUAGAAGGUGAAUACCAAAUAUAUGGAAGAAGCAACUACAACACCAUAGAUGACUUUGUUAAAUCGCUUGUAGAAAAUUCCUGUUUAGAUGUUAUGGGAGAGGACACUUACUUUGUUUGUGUAGGAGAAAGCUACAUUCUGGGGUUUUUUUCUCCUGUCCUAAAAGAACAAAACAUAAAUGACUAUGUUUGCAGAUAUAAUGUGGACAACACCACAGUCUACACACUAAAAGUCACCAAUAUAACAAAAGUGAAACUACUGUGCCAAGGACACGUAUUUCAGAAGGCCCGACAGGUGGUCGUCGUUGAUUACAGCCUCAACAAUGGUUUAACAUUCCAGGAACAGCAAGGUUUGAAAAUGACCAGUAGGAAAUGUUCUAGCCCAUCGCCUCCUCCACCGAUCAAGCCUACUGUCAACCAUCUGUACUUGGUUGUGUUCAUCCCGGCCAUGCUCAUGUUCCCCUUGCUCUUCUGUUGCAUACGGCGGCUAUGCUUCAAGAAGACCAUCAAGGAGCCACCCCCAGUGAAGGAACCAGCAAAGGAGCCAGAGACACGUCCCAUGCAGACAUGUCCCACCGUGAUUGUCCCUUGUUGUGGGUGCCAAGAAGACAGCAUGCAAAGAAUGGAGGACAAACUGGACAUCUUGUGCGACUUUGUUCAAAACUACAACCACGUGCCAUUGAUGUGUUGUCAGCGCUGGGACAAGGGCAGGUGCAUUGACGUCACUCUAGUGAACCCCUACUGCACACAAAUGUCCUAUGGCCCAAUGACCUGCCUUGGACCCAGCCAGGACUACUUCCCCCUCAACAGCUGCUGCUCAUUGUGUCAACACCGCCCUCAGAUAUGCUCCCAACUUCCCCCAAGGAUGUACCCCCUCAACAGCUUCUUCUCAUGGUGCCAACAACACUCUCAGAUAUGUUCCCAACUUCCCUCAAGGAUGCUGCCGCUGAUCCCUCCCACUGCCCGUGCACGCUACAGAACUACCUUGUCACUCCCACCCCCAUAGGCAACCUCUAAAACAUUAAGCAACCCAGAAUGUUAAGAGCCCUUUAUGUACUGAAUUGGACACAUAUUGAGUCCAAUACUGAACAUUGAGACUUGCUUUAAAGUCAAAAGGAGUUGGAUUUGUUGCUGAUUAGCAUGACAGAUUAUUAGCAGGUGAACAUUGCCCUCUAUGUGAGACAUACCUACCAAUAUUACUCCUGCAGGAUAAAGCACCCUGGUGUCCUGUGAAUGUAGACAUGAAUGAUUCCCACAACCACAGCCUGGUCAUCUCUCACCACAGGCGGGCAUACCUGGGUUUUCGGUCAUAUUCAGGUCUUUGAAAAAAAAUCCCAAAUCAUAUUUAAAAUAAAAGUAUA